GGCAUUUUGUCUUUGGUUUAAUUUUAGCUUUCUUUUCCUCCAUCAUACCAAAAACGAGUUCAAACGAGUCUUUUCUUCAUACGUUGUUGUAGUUUACUAUCCUGGAGUGAAAUUACUCCUUAUAAUUCGACCGUUUUCAUAUUAUGAAUAUAACAGCGUCCUACUCUUCAGAACCUUCAUGGAGCAGGCGUUGUUCAACGGAGACCAUUUUCAGUAUACAAGGAAGAGAAACUGAUUUUGUGCGCGACACGAGCGACACUGAGCUCGGCAGCGAUGCGGAGCGCGAGUUUGAGCCCGCGACCGAGUCGGAGGAAGACGGGCCCGUCGGCUGCGACUCGUCUGGACAGAGCGACAACGAAAUAAUAACGACGAAAGUGAUCGAAGUGUCGGUCGGCGACGAUGGCGAGUUGCAGUUCGCUGACUCGGAGCAAACUGACUCUGACGGCAGCGAUAGUGAGAUGGAUCUGUACGACUACUGGCUUUGCGCGCAGUGCAGGGCUGAGAACAACAACCCGCUGUAUAGAUACUGCGAGAAGUGUUUCAAGGUACGUAAAAACUUCUUCCCGCCGAGACCGAAGCGAAAAUCGCGACGUAACAACCGACUAGACACAGACUUGCAAACGUUCUCCCAGGAAUCCGGGAUAUCCGCGAAAACUGUUCCGGACACUGACAUUUUACCGGUCAAAGAACAUUUACCCGAUUCUCAGUCGGAUACUUAUCCGAUCCAAGAUACCGAAACAGCAGAUCCGGAACGGUUCGCGCGAACGCUAUCCCAAGACUCCGGCGUGGAGUCGGCUUUCAACAGCCAAGAGUCGUGCCAAGAACGGGUCAAGAGCGUGCCAAAUGUGAUAUUAGGUAGGCGCAAACGGCGCGCGGAUUCCGUCGACCGGAACAACAAACGGAUCCGGACCGACUACACGGAUUCCGAAUCCGACGCGUCGGUUGCCGACGUACAGCCCAUAGUCAAAAUGGUCAGCGAUCCUGCGCUGACCAUAGACAACAAUAUAUUACCGACCGAUGUGUUGUUAAAAGAGAAAUUAGAGGCAAAAGACGACAUGUGCAUAGUUUGUUUCGCAGAGCCCAAGUCGGGCGUGUUCGUCCACGGGCGGAUAGCGCAUAUAUGUUGUUGUUAUAAAUGCGCUGUUAAAGUUUGGGCCAAAGCGAAGCGCUGCCCCGUGUGCAAUUGUAAAGUUAGCAAUGUCCUGAAGGCGGUUGUUAUGUAGUUUUUAUUUCAAAUUUUUUAGUAUAGCGCCAUCUGUUAAUUGAAUUUAGCUCUUGCUUUUUCCGCCGUAGAUAAGGAGUUAGGGAUAAAAUAAUAAUGUUUGUUUUCCCCAAAGCAUCUUACUGAACUUGUUGCGCACAAUUCCACAUAGCCUGUAAUCUCCCCUAUUCAUUUUUAAUUGAUUAAGUUACAACAGUUUACUGGAAUAUAUAUAGAAAGUCAAAUAUUUGCUAUUAGCAACUAUUCCACAUGAUUAAAAAUUAAAAUCUAGUACAAAUCAUUAAUUUUGUUUAUUCAAUCAACAGAUGAAACUUUUCUAUCGUACGAUAAUUUCUUACAUGUUUUUUUUUCCGUUAAUUUCUGAUUAUUAUUAACAAAUCACAAAAAGUUAACGGAUUUUUUUAAAGUGACCUCAUUAUAAAUAUAACAAAUUAAAAAUAUAUCGCGUUACAUACGCCACGUGUGCCUUAAAAUUAUAUUCCAAUUUGGUUUUUUUCUAUUAAUUUUCUUAAAACAUAUCAUUUAAAAAUAUUAGAUAAAUGUGCUUUAAUUACUUGUUAAUAAAUGUAAAUAACAUUUGUCCACCGAAAGAGAGAAAUAAUAUAUUUUGUUUAAACGUUAAUUAGGUUAGGUUUUGCAUAUCGAUAUUUGAGAAGGGAAUUUCCAAAAAAUACUGCAAUUAAUAAAAAAGGUUCUAGGUUAGGUAUGAAAAGAGGCCAGGAAUAUUUUGUAGAGCGGUGUUUAUAUGCCCCAUAAAUAAUUCUGUAAGAAAGAAUGUCAGUUUUCCUUGUACAUAAUAUACUUAAAAUUAAUUCAGUUAAUGCUUGACAGUUUUAGAUGCUGAAGUUCAAAGGUGAUAGAUUUAUUAAUUUUCACAAUAUCACCAUGUAAAGACGUAGAAUUAAAACGCUUUUGUUAUAAUAUGUUUCUCGCAAAAGCAUUGUAUAUUUUGUUUAUGGCUUACUAUAUUAUAUACUAUUCAAUAGCCGUAACGAAUAGCAUUCAGUAUAUUUUAUCUAUAUUUACUGUCCCCUUACUAAUUAACUUUAAUAGAUAUAACUAAUUACAAUUUUGUUAUAUCUUUCAAGUGAAAGAGUGAAAAGGAAAAGGAUAAACCUUUCAUUUUAGAUACUUAAGAUUUAUAAAAACUGGAAGUAAGUUCCAGAUAAAAA